UUAUUUGUGUAAUGGAUGAACGAAUUAGGGCAAAAUUAAGCUCUCCCCUCUUCCACUGAAUCGAGGCUACACGCAGAGAGAAAAUUAGAAGAGAAAGAGAGAGAUGGGAUGGAUCGGGGAGCAAAUCGAUUCGGUGAAAUCUAUGCAGUUCAGACAACUCUUUACUCAAGCCAUUAGCCUUGGUAUGAUUGUUACAUCAGCAUUAAUAAUAUGGAAAGGGCUGAUGUGCAUAACUGGUAGUGAAUCACCUGUUGUCGUUGUGCUUUCUGGAAGUAUGGAACCUGGCUUCAAAAGAGGUGAUAUUCUGUUUUUGCAUAUGAGUAAGGAACCAAUUCGGGCUGGAGAAAUCGUGGUGUUCAAUGUUGAUGGACGCGAAAUUCCAAUAGUUCAUCGAGUGAUUAAGGUUCAUGAGCGUGAAGAUACUGGAGAAGUUGAUGUCCUUACAAAAGGAGACAACAAUUUUGGAGAUGAUAGGCUCCUGUAUGCUCAAGGCCAGAUGUGGUUGCAACGGCAUCAUAUCAUGGGGAGAGCUGUUGGGUUUUUGCCUUAUGUUGGUUGGGUGACGAUUAUAAUGACAGAACAGCCUCUCAUCAAGUAUAUUUUAAUAGGUGCUCUGGGACUGCUAGUAAUAACUUCAAAAGAGUAGCAAGCAUCAAUCCCUUCAUAGAAAGGUUAUUCAAUCAUUGUAGACAUCUCUAUUUUUGUGUUUUUCAUGGUGAUGGACAGUUAUAGCUUCAAUACAAGACCUAUUUUGUGCUGUG